AUGGCACGCUUCCCUACUUCCUUGGUCUCUUUCCUCAUUCUCGCUUGUGCAUUCCAAGCCAAUGCUGCUCCUCUUCAGGGUCGUGGUGCAGGCAAAGCAGGCUCUGUUAACGCAUGUACCUCAGCACAAACUUCGCUCGUUACCCAAAUCAAGUCAGCCAAUGAUGCUCUCAUCAAAACUGCCAACUCUUCCCCUAAGGAUGUUGCUCUGAUCGAAUCCCUGACCGCCAUCCAGAAAGGAUUGAAGGAGUCUUUGAGUGGAGUUAAUAACGUCGCCGAUUCUCUCUCCAAGGGCAGCACUCCUUCUCUCACCAGCUUCAGUUUGAUUGCUAGUGGACUGGACAAUGCCAGGACUGCCCUGUCCGGCACCAAAGCUGUUGAUGCAAGUAAAGCCACACAGCUCCUCAAAUCUGUCCAGGAUAAGAUCAACAAGGCCCUCGCUGCUGGAACGAAAGUUGUCGAGGCAUGCGGGACAUCCAGUGUUACCACCACCCUCGCCAUCGAGUCCAAAUCCGCAUCGGAGACCGCGACCGCCGUUGAAAGCGCCAGUACCACCGAGAGUGUUUCCGCGUCCACGAUGAGUACCGAUCACGCUUCCGCCACAACCACAGCUGCCGCCGAGUCUGCCUCUGUCACGGAGUCGGCGUCCGCUUCGACUACUUCGGAUGCCGCUGCUACAACGACUGCUAUUGAGUCUGUCACGGAGUCGGCGUCCGCUUCGACUACUUCGGAUGCCGCUGCUACAACGACUGCUGUUAUGUCUGAGGUGGUGACGUCUUCCUCGAGUGCUGCGGAGACCUCCUCAACUGCCGCCGCUGCAACAGACACAUGCCCUCCUCAAGUGACCGUCACACAAGCUGGUGCUGCUGUAACCAAGACCAUUACCAAAGCUGCUAUCCAGACGAAGACCGUGAUUAAAGCUGGCGCCGCCGGCAAACAGAAGACUGUUACUGUUACCGCCGCCGCUGUUACCGUCACCGUCACUGCCGAUGCCACUGCCACAGAAUCUGCGAGUGUAUCUGAGGCUGCUUCCACUACGGAGACAUCUACAUCUGCUGCUGCGACCGAAACCAAGAAGAAGGUCCUCCUCGAGAAGCCCAAAGUCGCCGAGAAAGCCAAGGGCCCCAAACGCGUAGAAGACAAGGGCCCCAAACGUGCGGACGACAAGAAGAAGGGCAGGAAGUCGUCGACCUCCGAGGCAGCUACCAGCACGGUCGAGACUGCUACCGCCACCGCUUCUGAGACCGCCGCAUCAGAGACUGCCACCGCCAGCGAAUCAUCGACAGUCAGCGCUUCCGAGACUUCAAGCGUCGCUGAGACCGCUGUAAGCACCUCCGCUGCUGCCACGUCGACUACCGCCGCUUCGCAGGAAACCGGUCGACCCGACCAUCCUGGAACCAACGACGACCUCCCCACCGUCGGCAAACGCUUCUUUGACUACAUUGUCAAGCACCCUGCGCGCAGUGCCACGAACUAG